UUUGUAAAUUGUCAUUGGUGUUAUUGACUUAUGAUAGCAUUUAAAUAAAUCAUUGUGGCACUAAUUUUAUAUUUUAAUGAUUAGUAUUCAUACAAUUUACAUAAUAAUAGAAAUGUGAGCUAUUGGAGCCACUAGACCACUUUUUCAGAAAUGAUAAGACAGUCCCUUAAAUUCAGAAAGACAAUUUUUGUCAUAUUCAUUUUGUUUUUAUUGAUUAUAUUCUUUUUUAUAAACCAUAAAGAUAGUAAUAAUAUUGCGGACACUCAAAGAGUAUCCCAAGAUAUUCCACGUGUAGGUUACCAAGACUUCAAUUCAGUACCAAAGAGGGAAUAUUAUUAUGUAGAUAACAAAAAAAUGGGAUCAAACAAUGUAGCCGAUGAUCAUAUAAAACAGGAAUUGCAGGAAACUAGAAAUCAAAUAGAGCAGUUAAAGAAAAAAAUUGCAUUUUUGGAAGGAAGAGUACCACAGAAAUAUCCUGAUGUGAAAUAUUUAGGGUACAAAGAGAGGAAGCGGAUAUUGGUGACAGGCGGUGCAGGAUUUGUGGGCUCUCAUCUAGUGGAUGUUCUUAUGAUGCAAGGGCAUGAGGUCAUUGUGGUUGAUAAUUUCUUCACUGGCAGAAAACGCAAUGUUGAACAUUGGUUCGGUCAUAGAAACUUUGAAUUAAUUCAUCACGACAUUGUUAAUCCACUGUAUGUUGAGGCAGAUGAAAUAUAUCAUUUAGCUAGCCCUGCAAGUCCACCACACUAUAUGCAGAAUCCGGUGAAGACCAUUAAAACUAAUACGCUGGGCACUAUUAAUAUGUUAGGACUCGCACGGCGUGUUGGAGCAAAGAUAUUAAUUGCCAGCACAUCUGAAGUUUAUGGUGAUCCCAUGGUACACCCACAGCCAGAAACCUAUUGGGGACAUGUGAAUCCAAUAGGUCCACGGGCAUGUUAUGACGAAGGCAAAAGAGUGGCCGAAACAUUGGCUUAUUCAUAUGCUAAGCAGGAGAAAGUGUCUGUGAGAGUCGCAAGAAUCUUCAAUACGUAUGGACCCAGAAUGCAUGUCUCAGAUGGGCGCGUAGUGUCCAAUUUUAUUAUGCAAGCUUUACAGAAUUUAACAAUAACAGUUUAUGGCAAUGGGAGGCAGACUCGAUCAUUCUGUUAUGUAUCAGAUCUGGUAGAUGGAUUAUUGUCCUUAAUGGCGUCUAGUUACACUUUACCGGUUAACAUCGGAAACCCUGUUGAACAUACUAUAGAAGAAUUUGCAAUGAUAAUUAAAAAUCUAGUCCCCGGCUGCCGUAGCACGGUGUCCACCGGAGCUGCAGUAGAAGACGAUCCACAACGUCGACGACCUGAUAUUGCUAUUGCAGAGGCCCAAUUAAAUUGGUCGCCCAAGGUAUCGUUACAGGAUGGUUUACAAAGAACUAUAGAUUAUUUCAAAGAAGAAUUGUCCAGAACAACAUUUUACAAUAAUCAAACUUACAUGGAUGUAAAAGUAAAAAGUCCUCAAUAGAAUAUAAUUUUUUUAUGAAUUCUCUAUAAUUGUGAUAUUGUAUUGACUGUUUCUAAUAAAGUGUGAUGUUGUGUAUAAUAAUAGAUUAUAAUUGUUAUUCAUAAUGAGUUUUUUUUAUUGCUUUAUAACAUUAUAUUUGUUUUGUAAAAAAAUUGUAGAUUUAUAUAUGCUCAAAAAUUCGAACAUUAUAUGGAAAUAAGUGAAAUUACUGUACUAUAUCGGCAUUACAAAUAGAACAAUAGUUGAAUUAAUAUUUUAUCAAUCAUUCAAAAUUUUAUCUAGUUAUUUAAUUAUGACAGUGAAUCAUAAAAUAUUUACUGAAGCCACUCAAACGGAAAAGAAAUAAUAGCAGUUAAUUUCAUUUAACUUUUACUCAUAUCGUAUAUGGAUUAUUCAUACUCGAUUAUACUCAGAUUUCUUUGACAUGAUUUCAAAAUUUAUUUCUGAUACUUGAUAAUGACAAGAAAUUGUUUCAAAUAAAUAUUACUUUACAAUACACAUUAUGAAAAUGAUUGUACUCAGAUGACAAGUGAUUCUUUAUUUCUGUCAUAAUAUUGAUGAUCUUAGAUUGUCCUCAAGUAGGAUUCAGACAUAUUUCAUAUUUUAUAAUAAUCAGUCUUCAGCUUAGCAUCUAGCUACU